UUUAUAAAUUCACCCAAGUCCGGCCACCGUGCCUUUUAAAUUCUCCCUCAGUUGUAGAACCGACUCCACGACGGAGCCGUCGUCAUGUUUUUCCUGCAAGUUCAUUCAGUGGACACCGAUCACCCUAUCACUAUCGAAAUUUCGCCGGACGAAACUUCAACCACCAGCACCAUUUCUCAACGAAACAGUACAGCUUCUCACUCCCACACGAAAUUUAGCGAACGUAGAGGUAUUGUUCACUUAUUCCGGAGCAUAUCGAAAUCAUCGCUCCCGAACCCUAGCUCUCAAUCCACGAUCCUCUUUGUUGUUGCUGUUCCAAACUAUCUAUCAUACGAUGAUUUCGUCACCGUCUGUGGCUCUCGCAUCAACCAUGUCUCCGAGCUUCUCUUCAUCAGGAACGAUGGUGUGGAAGAACGAUACAGUGUUUUGAUUAAGCUCGAAAAUCAAAUGGAUGCUGAUGGGUUUUUUGGCACUUUGAAUGGCAAGAAGUUUUCUCCUUCUGAGGCUGAGGUAUGUCAUAUUCUGUUUCUGAUGUCUGUCGAGUACACAGAAUCAGCAGAGGUAGCUGGGUCACCUCCGGAUGGAUGUACUGAAUUGCCUACUUGCCCUGUUUGUCUGGAGAGAUUUGAUCCUGAUACUAGUGGGAUAAUUCACACACUAUGUGAUCAUUCAUUUCACUGCCUCUGCAUUUCAAAAUGGACUUCUUUAUCUUGUCAGGUCUGUCGAUUCUGUCAGCAACAGGAUGAGAAACAAGCAUGCUUCAUUUGUGGAACUGUGGAGAAUCUUUGGGUGUGCGUGAUAUGUGGCUUUCUUGGAUGUGGAAGGUAUAAGGAAGGGCAUGCAAUCAGGCAUUGGAAGAAUAUGCAUCACUGCUAUUCUCUUGAUUUAAGAACACAACAAAUUUGGGAUUAUGUUGGUGACACUUAUGUUCAUCGCUUGAACCAGUCUAAAGUUGAUUGUAAGUUUGGAGAGAUGAAUUCGCACUGCAUGUCACAUGAAGGAGAGUGUGGAACUUGUGAAUUCAAUGAAGACUCCGGAAUCAAUGAGGCCCUAUAUAGCAGUAAAGUUGAAGCAAUUGUGGAUGAGUAUAAUCGGCUUCUUGCAACUCAGCUGGAAACUCAGAGACAAUAUUAUGAAUCUCUGCUGGCAGAGGCCAAAAGCAAAAAGGAAGUUUCUAUUUCUGAAGCAGUGGAAGAGGCUUUAAUAUCCAAGACUCAGGACAUUCAAGACAAACUUGAAAAAUGUGUCAAGGAGAAAAACAUUGUUUCCGACGUAAAUCAGAAGCUCAUCAAGAAUCAAGAAAUAUGGCUGGCUAAAGCAAAGCAAAUUGAAGAAAGAGAACUCGCUUUGUUGAAGUUGAGGAAUGAGAAAAUACAUGAUUUGGAAGAACAGAUUAGAGAUCUUACAGUCUACAUUGAAGCUCAAAAGACACUCAACAACAUUACGGAUUCAGAUGACAUAAAAGGUGGAACACUCUUGCCUGUACCUGCAAAAGAAUCGUCACCCAGCAACGGCAGAAAGAAGAAGGGUAGCCGAAGGCGGAAUUAGAGAGAGAGAGAGGCGCUUGUUCUUGUAUUCACUCACUCAGGUUCUGCUUGUAAACAGUUUGCUUAUAAAGGGGGAAAUUCUUUCUUUGAUCCAUGAUCUUCCUGCAAAAAAUCUAUAUGAUUUGUUGUCUCGUGUAAAGCAAAAAGGUAUAUAUUGUAUACACCAUGUCAAUAGGGAGUAUUAGUUCAACAUGGGGCGGGAUUUGAACCUCAUUUCUUUUGAUCGAGAAUAUACAUUUUUAUGCUAGUUGAACUAUACUCACUUUGGCAGUAACAGUAUUGAAGUGUAUAUAUAUAUAUAUAUAUAUAUAUGUGACACACAUACAUUAGGCUCU